CUCCACAACAACCACAACAACACCUACUUCUCUUUGUGACGCAACCAGCACCACCAAAACUGAGAUAUUGGUUCUCUACUAUCUUCGUUAGCCGAGCCAACAUUCGGCGAACCUUACUACAUUUACUCACCUAGCAGGUGUUUUUUUCGCGCUUGUGGCGAUUCCCAGCCAUUCCACUGUCAGCCAGCGAGAGUCGAGUCAGUCGAACGAAGCCUUAUCGGAGCCAUACCUACCGGUACCUACCACCAGUGCCCGCUUCCUCUUUCGCACAACUCUCAACUUCGGCGCAAAAACCUGAGCCACUGAUUACGCCUCUGGCUCUUCUCUCGAGCGACUUUAUCUCACAGGGCUGUGCAGACGACCAAACUCGUGUCUGUUGCAGAUCAGUUCCGCGACUCUCAAGCAACUUCCGAUCUCAAUCACGAUGGCCCCUCCUACUGGUCCUCGCGGCGGCAGCAAUAUUCGCAAGCCAACAACUCGAGCUUCCCGUGGCGGAGUCGCUAAACAUCGAGCUGCCACCAGAACCGAUCGUGAUGGAGAUGUUUCCAUGGGCGCGCCGAUCUCAGGUUCCAAUCCACCAACUGGACCGUCCGGCAGGGGAACUCGCGGCAGAGGAGCUGCGAGAGGAGCGCCUGCGAGGGGUUCUAGAACAUCUUCGCGUCUAGCUCAGAACCUCAAGAACUACAUCGGCGAAGGUGGAUCCAAGCACGCCAAAACCACCCUCAAGAUCCUGGGUGUCAAGAAUAGCAAGGCCGCGUCGAAUUCCGAUGGCGGUGUCAAGGGGCUUCUCCAAUUCAUUGAGCGCAAGGCUGAUAAGGAUAAGAAGAUCGUCUUGGGAAGAGGUGUACUAGAUGGCGACUACGUCUGGGUCAAAGCCAACAAGGACGACGUAUCUAGCAUUAUGCACCUCAACGGGUACCAGUACGCCGGUGCUCCCAUCACCAUCGAGGAAACCACUGAGCCAUUCCCUACUGGCACCAAGUUCUCAAAAGACGCUGCAGACACCCGACAGAAGCUUCUUGCGUUGUUGGCGAAGCGAUACAAUGCUGAGCAGAAACUUCUUGAUCUGUCAGCGCUCGGAACAGACGACAUCCUUGGAAAUCUCGGCGCAGUCGGUUCCCAAUCACUGGCUGAAAAGUCGUUCAGGGCCAUCAUUCAUGUCGCUGGCGAGCAAUUCAAGACCGCUGAGGAGAAAAGGCAAGGCAUCCAGUCAGUUUCCCUUGCUCGUAACGAGAUCUCGGACGUCGACCAGGUGUUUACACUAGCCUAUUCGCUGCCACACUUGCGUCGGCUCGACCUAAGCAACAAUCGGCUUGCGACCUUCUCUUCGAUUGCCAAAUGGAAGCAGGAGUUCCGUUAUCUAGAAGAGCUUUACCUGGUCGGAAACCCUGUCACCGGCGUUGCCGAUUACGCCGUGCAGAUCACCCAAUGGUUCCCUUGCCUGCAAAUCCUGGAUGGAAACAUUGUCCGGAAUCCGCAGGAGGCUGUUGAGGCCUUGAAGGCGAUGACUCCACAGCCGUUGGCCCAGCUGCCCUCUAAUCUCCGCGACGGCGAGAACAACGUUGCCAGCAUCUUUCUGCGGUCCUUCUUCCAGCUUUAUGACCACGAUCGACCGGCCUUGGCUGCGCAAUUUUACGAUGCCGAGUCCGUGGCCUCGCUCUCUGCCACACCUGAACCCGGCCGUGACGUUGAGUGGAAACCGUACAUGAAAUACUCCCGAAACAUUCAAAAGCUUGGAGGGAGCCGAAACCCAGCAGUCGUCCAGCGUCUCUUCACCGGCGCCUCGCUCAUUGCAGAGAUGUGGAAGUCGCUGCCGGCCACUCGUCAUGCCACUCUGGACCAGCCCGAACUGUGGAUUAUCGACUGCCAUACGUUCCCCCACUUGGCGGACCCCUCGGGACACGGCUUGGCGAUGGGCCUGAUGAUUAACGUCCACGGGCAAUUUGAAGAAGCCGAUAUGACCGAGGAGCUUUAUGGCACUCGUACCUUUUCCCGCUCUUUCAUCCUCGGGCCCAGCAAACCAGGCGCCCCUCACCCCUACCGGGUUCUCAGUGACCAGCUCACUAUCCACAAAUGGACACCGCGGGCUGCCGGAGCCGCUUCUGUUCCAGUAACCACCGGUGCCCCCGCUGCGCCUAUUGCUCCCGUCGCUCCGGUCGUGGCUGCGGUGCCUGUCAUCGACGAUGCCACCAGGGUCCAGCUUAUCCAAGAGCUGGCGAGGCGUACUGGCAUGAACGCCCAGUAUUCGGAGCUUUGUCUAUCCGGCACAGCCAAUUGGAACUUUGAUCUUGCUCUCCAGUCUUUUGAGGAGCAACGGGCCAAUUUGCCGCCUGCUGCCUUCACCGCGCCUGCUUAGAUGGCACCCGCGAUGAUGGUUUCAAUCCAUUAACCAGCCUACAGUUGAGAAUGACAGGCAACAUAGGAACAAAGAGGAGGGAAAAUGAGGUGGAUGCAGAGUCGGGGCUUUUCUUUUCUUUCUGGGUUCAACAAUGCACUUGUGUAUGCAUAUGCCUUGGUCAGUCGGCGGAAGACGACGACUGGGCACGGAUUGGAGUUUUGAGAUUUGGGAAACGGGCACUUUUUUGGUGCUUUCUACAAUGAUACCAGCGGAUGUUACGAGCAGACAUCAGCGUUCACGGGGG